AUGGGCCUCCUCACCAACCUUGUCUUCCUCGCGGCGGCCGCAGCGGGCGUCACUGCCGACACGGCGGAUGUCGCAGCCCCCGCAGUGCCGAGCAUCACCAGCAUCACCUACUCAGGCACCGGGUGCACCAGUGAUCCCAAGCUCACCGGAGGCUUCAACGACGCGACCCUGUCCUUCUCUGCCUUCAACACCAACCUCCCGGGGGCUACGACCCAGACCGCUAACUGCCAAGUGCAUCUCGAAGCGAAGGGUGCCAGCCCCGGCUGGCAGGUGGCUCUGCAGACGACCCGGGUCCGUGGGCACGCUGUGCUGGCACCAGGGACGACGCUGAAUCAUUACACGACCGUGUACUUCAGCGAAAAUGCUGCAAACACAGAUACGAUCCAGACGAGCUUUUCGAACUCGGGCGAUGGCACUGUCGAUCAACUCGUUUCGCUGGCGGGCUCCGCCGGUACCGACAAGGUGUGGUCGUCGUGCACUGGCAGCGACGGCUUCACGGGCAUUCUUAACAUCAACUUCCGUAGCGCCUUGGUGGGUGACGGCACUGCCUCCUUCAAGACCAACACCGAGGAGUGGGAUCUUGUGUGGCGCCGGUGCUAG